UACUCCUAGGUCAGUUCAUUCAGCCGCAGCUAUUAUAAAAGUCACACAACAGCCACCACUAUUGUCCCUCUUCCUCAUUUCUCUCCGCACAAUCUCCUCGUUCUUCUCUCCUCCAUUCCAUUUGCCUUACUCGAGUACAGAGGCGAGUCGAGCGCAGGAGUUUUAGAUAGCGUUAAGAUGGCUGAGCAGCACCAGUACCCAAGUAUUUCCCAGAAGGUAGCUAACCAGCUUCAUCUGAGCUCCAGUCUCUCCCAUGGUGUUGAAGCUCGCUAUGGGGGCUUCCAGCAGCCUUCUGUGUUUCAGAGGCGGUUUGCUUAUGGCAAUUAUACAAGCCCAGGAUUGCAAUACCCUAUGACCUGUAGAGCCUCUCAGGAUCUGUCGUUGAUUUCUGCAAAUGCUUCACCAGUGUUUGUUCAGGCUCCCCAAGAGAAAGGUCUCGCAAGCUUUGCAAUUGACUUUCUCAUGGGAGGAGUUUCAGCUGCUGUUUCAAAAACAGCUGCAGCUCCUAUUGAGCGUGUAAAGCUCUUGAUCCAAAACCAAGAUGAAAUGAUUAAAGCUGGCAGGCUCUCUGAACCAUACAAGGGAAUUGGAGACUGUUUCAAGAGAACAAUUCAGGAAGAAGGAUUUGGAUCAUUGUGGAGAGGAAACACUGCAAAUGUUAUUCGUUACUUCCCAACUCAGGCCUUGAACUUUGCAUUCAAGGACUAUUUCAAGAGACUCUUCAACUUCAAGAAAGACCGUGAUGGCUACUGGAAAUGGUUUGCUGGCAACCUUGCAUCUGGUGGUGCUGCUGGUGCUUCCUCACUGCUCUUUGUUUACUCCUUGGAUUAUGCUCGUACUCGCCUUGCCAAUGAUGCCAAGGCUGCAAAGAAGGGAGGUGAGAGGCAAUUCAAUGGUUUAGUCGAUGUCUACAGAAAGACUCUUAAAUCUGAUGGUAUUGCUGGUCUCUACCGUGGAUUCAACAUCUCAUGUGUUGGUAUUAUUGUGUACCGUGGUCUGUACUUCGGAAUGUACGAUUCUUUGAAGCCCGUUGUCCUUACCGGAUCAUUGCAGGAUAGUUUCUUUGCUAGCUUUGCCCUCGGUUGGCUCAUCACAAAUGGUGCUGGUCUUGCCUCUUACCCAAUUGACACCGUUCGUAGAAGAAUGAUGAUGACAUCAGGUGAAGCUGUGAAGUACAAGAGCUCUUUGGAUGCAUUUGCCCAAAUUCUUAAGAACGAGGGUGCCAAAUCCUUGUUCAAGGGUGCUGGUGCAAACAUUCUUCGUGCCGUUGCUGGGGCUGGUGUGCUUGCUGGUUAUGACAAGCUUCAGGUGCUUGUGUUCGGAAAGAAAUAUGGCUCUGGUGGUGCUUAAAUAUCACCACUUUGUUUUACCUUUAGGAAUAGAUGGCGAUGAAAAUCUUUUUGUUAUUUAGUUUGAGAAUUCAUGCAAGGCAAAGUUUGCGGAUUCAGAAUAAUUAAAACUUAGAGAGGGCUUCGUCCCAAACACUAUGCCCCUUUAGCGGGCGCUUUCUUCCUGGAAACCUGUUGUUCAGGAACAUGUUACUUAGUUUCACCGAGGAAUUACGUCUUUGUUUUCUUGAGAUUUUGUUUUUAAAAGCUAUGGCUUUUGGAUUUAUGAUGGUUUUGAAGCGUUACUUUAAA